UGAUGCCUCGGAAUGGGGGUGUGCUAUAAGAUCGGUACGGCCUCCCACCCAGGCUCAUGGUAGGCCGUUCCCUCUGGACUUGCAUUACGUCUCGAUCAGCGACGGUCGUCUCUAUUUAGCUUACUAGUUCAAGAUGGACGCCAGUCGCGAGAAGGAGUUCGUAACUGAAGAGGAAGACUUGAAGGAUGUCGAGGGCGUGGUUGCCGAAAACGAUUCUGCGCUCGACAGAAGAAUUACAAGGAAGAUUGACGUUCACAUCCUCCCCUGGAUCUUCGCCCUGUGGCUGCUGGCCUUCAUUGAUCGUUCAAACAUCGGCAAUGCUAAGCUGGAUGGUCUGACCAAGGAUCUCCACCUGACUGGCGAUAAAUACAACGUUGCUCUGACCGUCUUCUACAUCCUCUACGUCCUCAUCGAUGUCCCAAGCAACUGGCUCCUCAAGAUUGUCGGGGGCGGGCACUACCUCCCCAUCCUGGCAGCAUGCUGGGGCAUAGUCGGCACAUGCAUGGGCGCCGUCAAAAGCUAUGGUGCGCUGAUCGCCUGCCGCAUGCUGCUCGGAGCGUGUGAGGGAGGCAUGUUCGGCGGCAUCAUCCUUUACCUGAGCAUGUUCUACAGACGCCACCAGCUCAUGUUCCGCCUGGGCGUCUUCUACUGCGCUGCUCCUCUGUCUGGCGCAUUCGGUGGGCUCCUCGCCACCGGCUUGGCCGAGAUCAAGUAUCAUGGCUACAAUGGGUGGCCGUGGAUCUUCUUCGUGGAAGGCGCCAUCACCGUCCUCGUAGCAGUAGCAGCCUACUUCUUCCUCCCUCACACGCCCAGCUCAUGCCGCUUCCUCUCCACAGAAGAGCAAUACCACGCCGCUCACCGCCUCCGCGUCGACCUCCACGGCGCCGCGAACGUCGAGCACGUCGAGGAGGAAGAGUUCAGCUGGGUCUCCGUGCGCAUGGCCCUGUUCAACUUCAACACCAUCGCCAUGAGCCUGAACUUCUUCCUCAUCCUGGUCCCAAUCUACUCCUACAGCCUCUUCCUCCCCAGCAUCAUCAGCGGACUCGGAUACAAAGCAGUGCACGCCCAGCUCCUCACCGUGCCGCCGAACUUCACGGCAUUCCUGAUGGUACUUCUGAGCUCGUACAUCAGCGACAAGAUCAAGAUGCGUGGCCCGAUGAUCGUAAUCGGCAUGAUACUCGCCGCCAUUGGCUACAUCAUGCAGAUCGCCGCACACAGGCCUGGGAUCAAAUACGCAGGCACCUUCUUCGUCGCCGCCGGCGCAUUCCCUUGCUCGCCGCUCGUGCUGGCAUGGCUGAGCAACAACCUCGCGCCCCACUACAUCAAGGCCACUGGUCUGGGUCUCCAAGUCGCUAUUGGCAACUGCGGAGCUUUCGUGGCUACGUUUACUUACCUCAGCCAAGACGCGCCCAAGUACCGUAAAGGCCAUGCCAUCAAUCUCGGUGCCCUCGGACUCGGUUUGGUGUUGACGACGGUGACCAUGGCUUACAUUCGUUGGGAGAACGCUGCCAGGCGGAGCGGGAAGAGAGACCAUCGGUUGACGCAGGCGAACAGUGUCGCGUUAGGGUACAAACACCCGCACUUUGAGUACACUCUGUGAUCUUCUUGUUGUAUAUAGAGAACAGACAGAAACGUGUACACCAUCCGUCUGGGCAGUGCUUGCAGACCAUCAAGCGUCACCGUUGCCAUUCAUGUCGAGCUUCGGCACCAUCAUCCUCCCCUUCAUCAACGUCCACGCCCAAAUCAGAUCCACAAUUGCCACAUCGAAGAAACUGAAAACCAAACUCCCGCCAAAGACAAUGGAAUGGUACUUCCAAGCAUCGUCUACGGUAAUACCAACCUGACUCACCACCACCGC